CAUCGAUUCAAGAAGCUAGAUCCGUCUAAAUACAUGGUUCGCUAUCUUAAGGGCGGCUGUGGUCUUGAGAAUUGUCGGGCGAAAGGCAUCACCGUGUGGGCUGUUCAAAUGGGCGAUAACAUCCCACGGUCUCAACCUGAUGCAAAUGCCUUGAAGAGGCCACCGCAGAGAGCAGGUUGGACAGACGUUCUGCUUCGCACAAAAGAAGGUGCAGCAAGCUUUGGACUGCCCAGCACUGAGCAGUAUAUAUGCAGGACAUGCGAAACCGAUAUCACAACGGACGAGGAUCCACGGUGGACAAUAGAGUCGUUGCCCUGUUAUAUUCCGCGGAGACCCCGAUGCAUAGUAUGCGAAAACACUUGCACUAAUAGACGACCUGAGGAUGCCUCGAUCCAAUGGGUUGACGCAGCCGCACUGUCUAAGAAAUGGACCUAGAUAAAAGAAGAGUGGACAAUCCGAGGCAUUCGUGGGAAUCCUGAUAUAUACUUUCCAAAAGCACGGCCUCCCAAGGAAGAUCAGAAAGACGCAGCAAGUAAACAGACUACUUCUUUGUGUUGAAAAAUUCCUUAGUAUCAAAUAAAUACCGGAACUGUUUUAUAUCCCUGACCUAUCUUAUAAGUAGUGAACUUUCUUUUCGGGAAAAAAAAAUAGGUUAUUUGGGGAUGAUUGGAACUGAUAUGGACAUAAAAAAAAAGAGAAGACGACAGAAGUAAAAAAGAAAAUUAUUUAAUUUUGAGGACGGAGUGAUUUGAACACUCAACCUUCAGGAAAUUCCUUUAUCUGGAAUCUGACGCGCUAC